AUUCUUCCCCUUGGUUCUGUUUGCCCAGAUAAGCUCACAUCGCACUCUCUUAGAGCGCACUCUCAAACUUGCUUGCUCUCCCUUCUAUCCUAGUUUCACUUGUCAGGAAUCAUGGGUCACGCUGGGCCAAGGGCAGUACAGGGAAAAAGGAAGAAAGACAAUGGAGACCAAAAGCAUGACUCGACAAAACCCCAGAAAAAGCAGACGACAAUCGAAGAAAUCCUCAAGGAUGCCAAGAAGGUGAACUUCAACGAUGGACCAGCCUGUGAGAAGUUCAGGGCCACAUACCUCAACCGGCUCUCGAAACGGCCAAAUUCACAAGGGUCACAUCCCUCCAGAUCCUCAAGAACUCCCAUCUCAGCUUCCAACCAAGCAGACGAGAUUCUCCAUGUCGUGGCACGAAAGCCAAACGAUGAGUUUGCGGAGCUCGAAAGCUUCACCAGGUGGGCCGUCAAGAACUACUCCAACCUACUCGAGUUUAAGUCAUCAUAUGGAGUCACACCACUUCACUUGGCCAUAGAAAACGAUAGCCACGUCUUUGUUGAGGUGGUUCUCUUGGCCCUCUGUGAGUCGGACAAGAUGCGGGUCAAAGAGCUUCUGCAGGAAGCAUGCCAUUUGGACAAUAACUGCCUGCAGAAAGCAAUUCAUCACUCGAGCCCUCUUACGGAGUCAAUCAUUAGCAUUCUCGCGGACGAGUCCGGACACGGAGACGCAGAAUUUACCACGACUGACAAUUCGGACUCUGAGAGCGGUGCUGAGGUUCCAAUCACCCAACCCUUGCCCCAGGAAUACCGAAACGUGUUCACCAGCAAGUCUUGCAACAAACACCAAGGUCAGGGCGGGUGGACGGCACUGCACUUCGCAGUCCGGUAUGAGGAUGGGGAUGGCGACAGCGACCAAGACAGCGCAAGUGACAGUGAGGAAGAUGCAUCAUGCUUCCCUUGUAUAAGCGAGACCUAUGUGAUCUUCGACUCCGAUCCAUCAGGCCCGGGGUCAUCAACUCGGACAUAUGAGACGUCUACCCGCGUCCAUGAACAACGUGAACAGGACGAGAAGUACCAGUGGCAGCGCACAUAUAACCAGCUGAGGGUUGUCCAACAACUGAUUGAGGCCAACCCCAUGGUUCUUCUGUACAAGGAUGAUAAGGGUCAUACACCGUUCCAGCUACGGCUUUCACAGAUAGAGGAUCGUGAUUCGGAGGCCAUCAUUGAUGUUGAUGAUGAUCAGUCACUGCACAACGAUUCUGAAGAAGAAUAUACAGCUACCAUCAGCAGUUGGCAGACCCGCACAAGUUAUCUGGGGGGUCAAAGGCAACAAGAUCAACAUAACUCGGGGGCGAGCACUACCAUUGCCCCGCUUGCGCCGACUCAAAGUCAGGAGAGCCAAAACUUCCAAGCAGAUGCAGACACUCUUGCAACUGAGGAUCAGCAGCUGAAGAGAAAACACCAGGUCGAAGUGCAAAUCAUCAACGAAGACAAGAUUCUCAGUUACAUCCGCGAGUACGUCAUCGACAAGUUUGAUCGGAGAACUGCUAUGCAAGCACUCUACAAGCCUGGAUUUGAACGAACCAUUGAGUUCGAUCUUUCGGGCCUGCCUUAUACGUCCAUCAACGCAAACUUUCUCGAGGGUCUUGGAAAUGUCUUGCACUUCGAAGGAUUGCUCAAAUAUGUUGCUCUACCGCGACUAAUGGUCGAAGACGAUCCGGUUAAAGAAGACAGCGGCACCAACAUGGAGGCUAUCAUCAAACGGCGACUUGAACAAGGGGGCAGAAGGUAUAAGGGCAAAGGUCUCCAGCACAUGACGACCAUCUUCAACUGGCUCAAGUUGGAAAACGUUAGAACGGUUCUUAGAGUGACGGUGAUCGACGACACAGAGCCCUCGCAUUCGGACGAGGCUAUCGAGGCCUGCAUGAAGGGGCUCAAUGUCCGGAUAUGGAAUUGGCGGAAGAUGGACAUCUGCUCAGACGUCAUUUUGUGCUCGGCACCAAAAGUAACGGAUGUUACGCUGUAUUCUUCGGGGAAUAACGCGGUACUUGUUGGCUGGUCGAGUUUAAUUGGCCUGCCUCAACUCAAGAGCCUGAGAAAGGUCCGCAUAUAUGUCCGAGAGGGACUGGAGUCAUCUGCGAGAUUCGAGCAGUACAAGAAGAAGUUUGUGGAAGAGAUUGCCAUUUUCAGGCCCGACAUCAAGGUGUCUUGGGGCAAUGACAUUCCCAGUCGCCAUUCCCUCUUCGUCGGUCACAGCUCCGACAAACUUAUCAGGGAGUCAAAGUGGAUGAGAACGAUGAAGCAAUUUGCCGACUUCCUUCGUUCCACGAUUGACGCAAGAGGCGUGUCAGCGGCGCCACUGGUCAAGAUUGCCAUCAUUGACGACGGCAUCGACAGCACCCUUGGCGUCUUCUCGGGCCGGAUCCAGACCGGCCAGUCCUUCUACAAACCCGGUUCCGGCCGCGGUCACGGUUCCUACUACGUCCCUACCGGUCCCCACGGCACCCUCAUGGCGCAACUCAUCUGCGAGAUCUGCCCUGUCGUCAAGCUGUACAUCGCCCAGCUGGAACCGGCUCCCAGACACGACGGACGCCGCGGGUUUACCCACCACAGCGCCAUUGAAGCGAUCAACUGGGCGGUCAGCCAGGGCGUUGACAUCAUCUCCAUGAGCUGGAGCAUCGACCCUGAGAAGAACACGAUUCAGCCGCUGGAGGACGCGCUGCAGGAGGCAGCAAGACGAAAGAUUGUCAUGUUUUGCUCUAGCAUUGACGAGGGCCCUAUGGUUGACGACCAUACCUACCCAGGGAGGAUUGCGGCCUGCAUCAAGAUCGGGGCAUCGGCGGGUGAUGGUGCGAAGCUGUCGUGGGUAUCGGCUAACAGGAGCAACUUUCUCUUGCCGGGGGACGAGACUGUGCACGUCGGUCGCCACCACAGCGGACACAGUACAUCUGGUGGGGGUGGUGGUGGUGGUAGGCAUGGAUACGGAAACGAGUUGCCGACCGCGGGGAGCUCGAUAUCGACCGCGCUGGCGGCCGGGCUGGCGGGGGUACUGAUCUAUUGCGACCGAUUGACUCAGUUGUCUGUCGAUGAUUCUGAUGAAUACGAUGGACCUAUUGACUUCCGGGCCUCUGGAAAGAUGAAGGCGGCCUUUGAGGCCAUGUCGUCGGAGACGGAAGACAAAAAGUUCUUGCAGGUGUGGAAGUACGUGCCCUUGCAAUUGGACGCCUCCAAGAUCCCUGGGGUCGGCAACAGGACUUCCAGGCCGGCGCCGAGACCGUUGAAAUGGAACUAUGGUUCGCAUCCGGAAGCGACUGAGGAAACGAAGAAGAAGCUUAUUGCCUUCCUGUCUUCCCUCGGCAAGUGAGAGCGCCUCUACCAAAAAGAGAUAUCGGUGCGGAACCACCCAGGGCCGAUGGCAGUAAUCGCUCGCAUUUAAAACACAGGGAAGGUCUCUGCUUUUCCAGUGAGUGGCGUCGUUCUACCCGGGCUGACGGUGGUAGUGUAACUAUUAAGCCCAAAUUUAGUCAUAACGAGAAUUAGGUUAAGAAGUGAUUUUUGCUGUGCAAGUCUGGUUUCGGUUUUGACAGGACAUUGGUCAACUGAGAUGCCCAAC